AUGGACGGUCAUGUUGAUGAGACUAGUCAUGUCAUCUUCUUAGGUAAAUUUGAAAAUAACUUCUAAAAUAACUGAGUUCUAUAGGGACUCGACCUGUUGUAGAAAUUAUGAUGAAACCCAUUGUCUAUGGCCAAUGAGGCGAUAAUGUAUGACAACUGGGUGUAUUGCUAUUUUUUUCAAAGAGAUAUUAUUUCAUUGUGUCUCUUUGACGUUUAUUUAAUAAAAAAACGGUGGUGGGAAGCGCACUGCCUUGCACUGCUACACUAUACUUUACGAACAAUGAACGGUCAUAUUGAUGAGACCAGUCAUAUCAUAUUCCUAGGUAAAUUUGAAAAAGACAAAAGGUACAAGGAGAAAAUAUUACAAGAAAUAAUAGCUGCUAUCUAUGCUAUGCUAAAUAGCAAUGGUGGACAAGUGAUGAUAAAUAUUGAUACUGAUAGCAAUGUCAUCCCAGUAGAAGGUUCCCCUUUCUCCCAGAUGUCAUUGGUGAUUCGAAUUCUGGAACAAUUUAUGAUAUCUGUCAUUGGAUCGAACCAGACCGUCUCGAAAAUUAAUUUCGAAGCAGAUAAAGAAAGCAUAGUCAUUUUGGUGGAAAAAUUUGAUUCUUUAAUAACAACUAAUUAUAACCUUUAUUUACCAAGUGAAACACAAGUUGUUCCGGUAUCUCCUCUGGAACCACCUGAAAAUGUGAAACACAAUAUCAUCAAGAGAAAAGUCUUUAUGGAAUCAGUCCAACUUGGCUCACAUUGUAAAAUAUUCCUUAAAUGUAAACAUUGUGGUCAUCGUGAAGGGAAAAUGGUUCAGUUCAAGAAUCUUAAAGCAAGUUCUUCAAAACGUACCAAACUAGCAGAUCGUAUUAUUGGUAAAAGCAAUAAAUUUAGUUGCUAUGUAUCUGCUUUCGGCAACUAUAACGGAGGUCACAUCUACUAUGGUGUCAGAGAUAAUGGAGUUGUUGAAGGCGAGCUGAUUCCGAAUGAACAGGACAAGAAUGAAAUAACAAGGGAAGUUGGGAAAGUCAUCAACAAGAUGAUUUGGCCUGAGCAGAUUGGUCAACCAAAACGAGGGGAACACUGGGAAAUAUUCUUCGAACCAGUGGUAGAUGAAAAGUCCAAGCCUAUUCCAUCAACCUUUGUGAUCGUGAUCUAUAUCGCUCCUUGUCUGGGUGGUGUGUUCACUGAAGAACCAGAAUGUUAUGAAAUGGUUGAUGGGAAAGUUAAGAAGAUGUCGUUUGCUACUUGGAGAAAAGGAAUAUUACAUCCAUUUUGGUUGCGUAGCAGGGAAGAAAUCUCGCCUUCAGUUCAACGCGUUGCUUGGAGCUCAGCUAGGGCUCGAAAGGCUUUCACCGUUGGAGAUGAGAGGUUAUUUCAAUUCCUUAAUGAUGGAAAUUGGGAUGCCAUUUCAGAGCAUGUUACUAGAAGUCUUCAGAGAUCCUCUGAAUUUAGCGGAAUGA